UUUGAUUCACACAGUCCUUCCUCCAUAACAAGCCAAACGCUCGUCCGAGAGUGCCUCCCUGCGCGAGCGCCGGGUGUGUGUGCGCCGGCGAGAGCAGGGGCCCGCCCGGCUCCCCGCCCGCCACUCCGUCCGCCAGCCCGCCGCGGCCCGAACUCAUGCGGCGCGGAGCGAGCGGCGAGGAGCCCAGCGCCGCGGCCGAACCCCUCCGCAGCAGGCUGCCUGCUGCUUCCCGGGGAGAUCAUGAAACGAGGUCGCCUUCCCAGCAGCAGUGAGGAUUCUGACGACAAUGGCAGCCUGUCGACUACCUGGUCCCAGAAUUCCCGAUCCCAGCACGGGAGAAGUUCAUGCUCCAGACCUGAAGAUCGAAAGCCUUCAGAGGUGUUUAGGACAGACCUGAUCACUGCCAUGAAGCUCCAUGACUCCUACCAGCUGAACCCGGACGAGUACUACGUGCUGGCGGAUCCCUGGAGACAGGAGUGGGAGAAAGGGGUCCAGGUGCCAGUGAGCCCUGGGACCAUCCCCCAGCCUGUGGCCAGGGUUGUAUCUGAAGAGAAAUCCCUCAUGUUCAUCAGGCCCAAGAAGUACAUUGUCUCGUCAGGCUCCGAGCCUCCGGAGCUGGGCUACGUUGACAUCCGCACGCUGGCCGACAGCGUGUGUCGUUACGAUCUCAACGACAUGGACGCCGCGUGGCUGGAACUGACCAACGAGGAGUUUAAGGAGAUGGGAAUGCCCGAGUUAGAUGAAUAUACCAUGGAGAGGGUCCUGGAGGAAUUUGAACAGCGGUGCUAUGACAACAUGAACCACGCGAUAGAGACCGAGGAAGGCCUGGGGAUCGAGUAUGACGAAGAUGUCGUCUGUGACGUCUGCCAGUCACCCGAUGGUGAGGAUGGCAAUGAGAUGGUGUUCUGUGACAAGUGCAACAUCUGCGUGCACCAGGCCUGCUAUGGAAUCCUCAAGGUCCCAGAGGGCAGCUGGCUGUGCCGGACGUGCGCCCUGGGCGUUCAGCCCAAGUGUUUGCUGUGUCCCAAGAAAGGAGGAGCGAUGAAGCCCACGCGCAGUGGGACCAAGUGGGUGCACGUCAGCUGUGCGCUGUGGAUCCCGGAGGUGAGCAUCGGCAGCCCCGAGAAGAUGGAGCCCAUCACGAAGGUGUCCCACAUCCCCAGCAGUCGGUGGGCACUUGUGUGCAGCCUCUGCAAUGAGAAGUUUGGGGCAUCCAUACAGUGCUCCGUGAAGAACUGCCGCACGGCCUUCCACGUGACCUGUGCGUUUGACCGGGGCCUAGAGAUGAAGACCAUCUUGGCAGAGAACGACGAAGUCAAGUUCAAGUCCUACUGUCCGAAGCACAGCUCGCAUCGCAAAGCCGAGGAGGGCCUUGGUGAGGGGACCGCUCAGGAGAAUGGGGCUCCCGAGUGCUCCCCGCGGGAUCCGCUGGAGCCCUUCACUGGCCUCGAGCAGAAUCGGGAGGAGGCCCACCGGGUCAGCGUCCGCAAGCAGAAGCUGCAGCAGCUGGAGGACGAGUUCUACACGUUCGUCAACCUGCUGGACGUAGCUAGGGCCCUGCGGCUGCCCGAGGAGGUGGUGGACUUCCUGUACCAGUACUGGAAGCUGAAGCGGAAGGUCAACUUCAACAAGCCCCUCAUCACCCCAAAGAAGGACGAGGAGGACAAUCUGGCCAAGCGGGAGCAGGACGUCUUGUUUAGGAGGCUGCAGCUGUUCACGCACCUGCGGCAGGACCUGGAGAGGGUUCGGAACCUCACUUACAUGGUGACCCGCAGGGAAAAGAUUAAACGAUCUGUGUGCAAAGUCCAGGAACAGAUAUUCAAUCUUUACACUAAGCUUUUGGAGCAAGAAAGAGUUUCAGGUGUGCCUUCUUCCUCUUGCUCCUCCUCCUCACUGGAAAACAUGCUUCUGUUUAACAGUCCUUCUGUGGGCCCUGACGCUCCCAAGAUAGAGGACUUGAAGUGGCAUUCUGCGUUCUUCAGGAAGCAAAUGGGUACUUCCUUGGUUCACUCGCUGAAGAAGCCCCACAAGCGAGAUCCAUUGCAGAACAGCGCAGGGAGCGAAGGCAAAACCCCGCUAAAGCAGCCAGACCUGGGGGGCAGAAGGGAGGGGACAGUGGGCCCAGAGAGCUUUCUGGGUUUUGAAAAGACCUUUGCAGAAGCACGGCUCGUAUCAGCACAACAGAAAAAUGGCGUGGUGACGCCAGACCACGGGAACAGAAGAGACCAACGUUUUCAUUGUGACCUCAGCAAGGGAGACUUAAAGGACAGACCUUUGAAACAGAGUCACAAGCCUCUGAGGUCCACAGACGUGUCCCAGAGGCACGCGGAACACGCCAGAGCUGCCGCCUCCCCUGGGGCGGGGCAGUCAGCGCCGGGCACGAGGAAGGAGGCGGUGCCCAAGUGCAACGGCUCCCUCAUCAAAGUGAACUAUACCCAGUCUGCAGUCAAAGUGCCUACAACACCUGCCAGCCCAGUGAAGAACUGGGGCGGAUUCCGGAUUCCAAAGAAGGGGGAACGGCAGCCGCCGGGAGACGCCCCGGAGGGGGCCUGCCACCAGCACUCAGACUACCCCUACCUGGGCCUCGGCCGAGUCCCAGCCAAGGAGCGGGCCAAGAGCAAGCUGAGGCCCGACAGCGAGAACGACGGGUACGUCCCCGACGCGGAGCUGAGUGACUCAGAGAGCGAGGCCUCGGAGAAGAAGUGUGUCCACGCCAGCAGCUCGAUCAGCAGGAGGACAGACAUCAUCAGGAGAAGCAUUCUGGCCUCUUGAUGAAACGGGCAUGAUGGUGCAGGAGACGGGAGCUCUGACACGGGGGGACGAGUGGAAACCCAUCACUCCUGAGCGACACAAAUACAUUUACUUGCAAUUCUGAUUGAAUUUCUUUUCAGAGUCAUUUAUAAAUCAUUGUUGUGAGAAGUGUGUUAUUUGCAACUUGUUGAGGAAACACAAGAGUAGAUUGUAAGACACUGCUAAGACUAGAGGCUGAAUUAAACACUAAAAUAAGAAUGGAUGAAGUAAGUUUCUAAAGAGGGCUAGGCUGAACUAAGCCUCACGAGUGCUUACUGCCCUCUGUAUCCUUCCCAAAGCACAAACUCUUAGUUACCUGAAUAUACGGAAUCAGAGAUGGUUCUUGAGAAACCCUCACGAAUCAUUUAAUAGCCCAUAAAACUUAUUUUCUAGGACUGUGGUGGAUCUUGAAAUCAUAUUUAUACUUUGGCCCACGGACUGUUUUGUUGCAUUGUAGUAUACAGGCAGUAGCUCUGAAGCUUCAGUAAUUCUAGGGGAUUCAUGUGUAAAUAUAGCAGAUGAGGGAAGAGAAAAGUUUUAAAAAGGUCAUUACCGGAAGAUCUGAAGGUACAGGGUAGAGCUGCCGGAGCUUGGAGAUUUAGGGUAAAUGGAAGAAGCAAGGUCCUGCUGCUGGCAGCUCUUGACUGUGUUCUGGCAGGUGGAGAGUGAAGCCAUCACAUGAUUCCAUCCAUGAGAAAGGGCACUUGAGGUCCCAUCUUCACCAGUCCUCUCGACCUUUCUCUUCCCUAACCACUGCCUUCUGGGCCAGCUUGGGAUUCCGCUGGCCAUUGGCAAUACCUGGCCACCUGGCUUCCAACAACACAAUGGCUGUUCAAGUUUAAGCAAUGAACUUCCAGACUCUGGUGACUCAUAUUUCCAGAGCCAACCACUAGUGCAUAUGCUGGGCAAUCCGGCCUUCCAACGUGAAUGGAUUCCUUGGGAGAAAAAAAAGAAAAUGAAAAAAAAAAAAAAAAGGAAAAAAACCCCAAAUAGGUUAUAUUUUAAAAAUAAUAGAAAGGCAAUAAGUUGCGAUAACCUCUUAACCCUUGACCAAGUUUAUACAGGAAAGAGAUUGAAGUGUAACAGGUUUUCUGGAGUCAGAGUUCUAAGCUCUAAUUCGUAACUUGGACUUUCUGAUUGCAAAUGGCAAUAACUAGUAAGUUAUCAGCAAUAAUAAAUUUAGCAUUAAAUUUGAGUACAAUGUUCUGUUUUUGCACUCACUGCAGUGCGUUUUGUAUUAAGACAGUGGAUAGUGUUAAGGUCCUGUUAAUUUUCUUUGGAAUUCAAUGUAGUUGUGAAUCAAACUUAAAAGAAGGAAAAUUAAAAGUAGCAAUGAGAUUUAGAAUUAUGGGCACUUGGAACAAGCCCAACUUCCCCUAAAUUAUCCCUUAGUUUGUUAAUACCAGUACUCAGAUUCCUGAUUCAUUUAUACAUUUAUUUCCAUGUGGCAGGGACAUUCUGAUACUUAACGAGUGAUGCUUUGAGUUCUGUAGUAGUUACCUUUCAAGUCUUCCAGAUGACUGUCAACAAGGAAAAAAGGCUUAUUGAAUUCCAUCUUGCUAUGCAAGUUUUAUCAGAUGAUCAAAUAGUAGAUCUGAUACAUCCCCAUUGUAUGUAUGACAUUUUCAAACUAAGUCUUAACUUUUCAAAUACAUUUUAGUAACUGAUUCAGGGGAGGGGAAAGAAUGACCCAGGUUUUUAGAUUGACUAUUUUUGAGCUAUGGGGCUCAUUUUUCAAAGAAUGUUGUCCAGAUAAACUGUUGCUACAGAUAUUAGAAGUUUCUUAUGAAUCCAAGUUGUACAUUAACUCAGCAUAAUUUAAAAAUCAGAUUUUUUUUUCGUUGCAUAUGAGCAAGAAACCUUUUGCUGGAUACAGAAGAAGGUGGACUCUUUACAGUUCUUUUUUGACUACAGCAACAGCUCUGGGUGAGAGUAGGAUAUAUAGAGGGAUAAUCUGUCAAGCCAUAGAAAGAAAAUCUAAAUUCUAGUAAGUCUAUGACCUCUCACCAUUUAUAAGAGGUACCAGAUUCAUUUGCACUAUUAGGAAUGCUAGUUUUGUGCAAAAAUAAUGCCUUACCUGUUUUUUCCCCACAUUUAGGUUGAAAAGCUUUCAAACGUUCCAAGUUAUGCUGAACCAAAAAGAAAACAAAACAAAAAUAAACCCCACACAAAAACAAAACACACAAACACAAAAAGCCCACACUUUUAAUUCCUGCUUCGAAAUGCAAAUGGUACAGUUUCUCUGACAGUGUAAUGACAGCUCUGUAAGUCAGUUUCACGUCCUGCUGGGAACUCUGAGGUGUAUGAGCGGCAACCAACCCAAUCUGCCCACUUGCACUCUGAGUAUGGAACCAUUUGCUCUUCUUUUCUUCUUUUUUUAAAGCUUUAUCUUUCCGUGUGCAUCCUGACCAAGAAAUAUCUUUGAUUAUGAUCAAUGUAUUAUGUCAAAAAUGUAGGCUAGUUAAACUUUUGUAAAGUUGCCUGGAAUGUCAUUUGUUAGGUUAUAAACACAAAAUCUAAAUGAAGGGUUAUAUGUGUUGUGUACAAAUCUUAAUUAUUUUGAAAUGGACAAACUUGUCAUUACAUUUGUAACCUUGUACAGAGGAUUUUUCACUAUGUGCCUAGCUUGGUGUCCAUUCAGCUAAAAUUGGGUAAAAAAAAAAAGGUGCAUGAAGAGUUAAAAAUCAGAAUUAAACAAAAAGUAUAUGUAGAGAUGACUAUUUUAUAUUACAUGGCCCAAUCCUGUAUUUAUUUCUACCCCCUUUUUGAAAGUAUUUAUAAAACUAGUUGAGGACAGCUGUAUUUUUUUGUUGAACUAUUUAGUAGAAUUUGUGCCUUUUUGUCUGUAUGUGAAUAAAUGCUGUACAUUUUGCAAUACA